AUGGAGUUCAAGAAGACCCUAUCUUUUUUAGAAUGGCUUCCAAAAGUUGGAAUAAAAAUGUGCCAAGGAAUAAAGAUAGACGAAUUCCUCCCAGAUAGAGGAAGAGGCAUUGUGGCAAUUAGAGAUUUCUCAGAUGGUGAAAUAAUCCUCACCAUACCGCGGUCCGCACUACUCAAUUCUGAAACGGCUGGCAAACUUCUUGAUCCCUCUACAAUUGGAUCUCUUAGUAAUAUGCCCGAAUGGCUGAAUCUGACCGCUCUAAUUCUCGCUGAGGCUCAAAAUACUAACUCACGAUGGGGGCCUUAUUUAUCUAUAUUACCCGAAAAACUUGACAGCCUCAUAUUUUGGUCACAGGAUGAGCUUUCUGAAUUACAAGCAAGCGCUGUUGUCCAUAAAAUCGAAAAAGAAUCUAGCGAGAAGCUCUUUUCAGAACACAUAAUGCCUCUGGGGCUAAGUAAUGUGAACUACUAUUUAUGUCAUUUGAUUGCAUCUAUCAUCAUGGCAUAUGCGUUUGAUGUUCCAGCCAUGCAAUCAGAAGAUGAUGAUGAUGGGGAAAAUGACACUGAUAUGCUUGUCUCUGAUGAUGAGAAAGAAGAAAGUACGUUAAGCAUGGUGCCUUUAGCUGAUUUAUUCAACGCAGAUGCAGACAAAUGCAAUGUGAGGCUAUUCUGUGAUAAAGAAGACUUAGAGAUGAGGACUGUUAGACCAAUACUAUCUGGUGAAGAACUAUUUAAUGAUUACGGAGCCCUUCCGCAGACCGACCUACUUCGGCGAUAUGGAUAUAUCACUGAGAAUUAUGCACGAUACAAUGUAGUUGAAAUAUUUUCAAGAACCUUGAUCUCAUUAUUUACCAAUCAAAGUGCCUCUGAACUUCCGGAGAGCUUAUCUUUGAAUCCAAUGAAUGAAAAAUAUUUGAAUGAAAGAAUAGCAUUGGCAGUUCGAGAAAAUAUUUUCGAGGAAUCUUACGACAUUUAUCAUUCGUUUAUAGAUGAACCAAGCAUUCCUGAGCAGCUAAUAGCAUUGGUAUAUAUACUUCUUCUUCAAAAAAGGCAUUUUAUGGCAAUCGAAUCAUCGUUAGAAACUCUUCCUGGUCGAUCAAAGCUUUGCACUGGACUUGUCGGUCAGGUUCUUGUAGUUGCUUUCAAGAAAAGAGAAACUGAAUAUGCGACUUCACUAGCCAUGGACGAAGAAAUUAUAAAAUCAUCUGGCCUUUCAAGGCGAAUGCACAUGGCGGUAACUGUGCGACUCGGUGAAAAGAGGAUCCUCCAGGAAGCGAUUCAAGAAGCCUCAACAUUUUGUGCAAGCAAUAAAAGAAUGAUCAACAAUGACUAG